AACCGUUCGCGCUCCGCAGGAGUUUGGUCAGAACGAGACAGGAAACGAGUUCUGAACGACGUGGUCGGCACCAUGUUCAGUAAAUCCUUCAUGGAUGAACUCCUGAAGCCUCAGCAGCUGUAUUCCCACCGGACCAUGAAGACGGUUCUGACCCGGUUGGCCCACUCCUCCAUCAUGAGGCUGAACCCGGCCAGCAUGGACAGGCUGUAUGAGCUGAUGAUCAUGGCCUUCAAGUACCAGGUUCUGCUCAGCCCGCGGCCCAGAGACCUGCUGCUUGUCUCCUACAACCACCUGGACGCCGCCAGGGCCUUCGUCAGAGACACGCCGGCUGUCCUCAACCAGGUGGACGAGACGCACAGGAAGAUCAUCGAGGUUUACUCCAGAUUAUCAGACGGAGAAUUCCAGCUGCUCAGACAGACGCUGCUCACUUUCCUGCAGGACGUGCACACCCGGGUUUCUGUUUUCCUGAAGAACCAGAUCCAGAACCCCAGCGGCCGGUUUGUCCUGAUGACGUCCGGUCCGGUUCCCACUGGAGUAGAGGUACCGGGACUGAUCAGGACCUUUGACCCCAGAGGGAGGGAAGUGGGUCGGAGCGAGUUCCUGCCUGGAGGAACCUACAGCGGUUCUGUUGGUGAAGGAUCGUUUGAGCUGAGCGGAGACAGAGUUCUCAAGCUGGGCCAGAAUCUGUACCAGGCCGAGCGUCCGGAGGAGACCCAGACGUCCAGAACACCUGGAGCCCAGCCGGACAGAACCAACCCGCUGGCCAAGGAGGAGCUGAACCUGCUGGCCCGGCUCAUGGGCUGUAUGAAGGCCGGGUCCGUUCCCGCCGCGGCGCCGCGGUUCCAGAUCAGCCUGUUCCCCUCGGACCCGGAGGAGGAUGAGGAGGGCGGCGCUCCAGCAGGGCAGGCGGCCAUCUUCCAGGUGAUCAACAUCCAGGCUGUGCAGGAUGAAGAGGCGGCAUCGGCGCUGGCCCGGAUCGCCGGACAGUUUACUGAUGAAGAGGCGGAGCUGGAGAAUCCCAGAGGCAGUAAAGGAGAUGACCUGCUGGCCAUGAUGGAUGACCUCUGACCUCUGAACAUAUUAUCUCCUUUAAAACACGGAAAACCAAUAAAAUAUGAAGUGAAAAUGGA